UGUAAACCGAACCGCGUAAAACGAGUCUAAUCUAAACCAGCAUACCACAGGCCUUACAACGAAAAAUUUAAAACCCGGAAUUAUUUGUUUAAAACGUUGAAUCGGAGGCGACCUUAAGGGAUAAACACUGAAGUCACAUGACAUCGGACACAGAUUGGAGAGAUAUGAUAGUGUCCUAAUUAGUAGUUAUUUUAGUGGAAAAAUACAGCAAACGGAAAGCUGGGAGCAGAACGAAUAAUACCGGAUUACAAUUCAUUGAAAAGUUCUAAACUUCCGGCUUGCUGCACAUGUUAGAAGUGGCUGAAAACUUAAAUAAAUGGCCACUCUGUUGAAAUCUAUGGAUUUAAAGUCAACGGAUUAAUUAACAAUGCUCGUAUGUGUGGAACAAUCGUUGUGGGAUUAUUGUACAUUCUUUUAAUCUACAGAUUUUGAAGACGUGCGAGUUAUCUCCCCAUAAUGAACCGUAUGCUACACGAGGUUGAACUGAACAGCUUGGACGUGUCUAACUUGAUGUGGGACAUCCAGAAGACAUGUGUAACAAAUGAGGAUAUAGAGUAUCUGUGGGAAAUCAAGCAGGUCUGGCUGGUCAGGAACAAGGAGCUCACAGAGAGAUAUGAACGGAAGCGGAAGUUGAUGAAAUCUUUGGGAAGGACUGAGGAAGAGACUAAAGAUGACCUACUGUUCAUGGCUGAGGGAUUCAACAAUGUCCAGCGAAUCUGCGAAAUUGGUCCACGCUGUAAGGAAAAGAAAAACAAUGUGCUGGGAGAUACACAAUAUGGGAUUCAUAUGAACAGACAUUAUGAUAUUUUGACCAGAUUUAUGGUGUUUAAAAACUUCCAGCAGGCCAAUUACCUCGUCAUAUUAAGGGGUAUGCUCGGCCGAGUGAAGAAAGUGAAGCCAUUUUUUACCGGGGAAUAUGGUUGUAUAGCUCCCACUCCAAACUACGACUGUCAUCUAGCGGAGAACGCGCCUGAUUUAACCAGUAUUGACAUAAGCGAUGCCAUUGCGUACAAUUUUGCGUACAUGUACGAAUAUGAUGAAGAGACAAUUAUACCAAUGAAUUAUCCAAGCCACGUACUACCAAUCGCAGUUUUACGGUUGCAUCGAACAAGGAACAGGCUAGAUCGAACAGUAUUGUUAAACUACACAAGAGAGAGAGACCUUGCACUUAGUAAAAAUAUACAGCGGCUCAAAAACGAAACUAAGCCCUUAAAACAUCUACCAAGGUCAGCGCCUCAUAAAAAAUAUGUAGUGGAGGGAAGGCGGUCUGGAACAAGGCUGAUAUCGGAUGUACCAAUAGAACCGCCAUCUGAAAAACCUCCCGGGGAGACCACCAAAAAACUGGAAAAGUUUCGUAGACCCUCCGCUCUGUCGGGGGGGACUGGCAUGGGGUAUAUGUUUUUCAGACGACCUUUUAAUAAAAUGCCUACAACGUGGCAGAGAAUGUUUGGUUUCCAUUCCAAAAGGAAAGGAAAGAGUUCACAUUCUCCCAAGAAACGUGUUAGAGAUCGAUCAAGGUCAAGGUCACAAAACAGGGAGCCUGAAAAACGCAAGCGAUCGAGGACCAGGAGUCCGAAAUCGUCAUCGUCAAAAUCCCGGGAGAAGAAUUUGUUUGAAUUAUUUGAUAAUUCUAAACAAAAUCAAACAAGUGAUAGCUCAUCUGAUGAUGAAAAAUCGAAUAAUGGAGUAACAAAACAAACAACAAAAUGUGUUGUUGUCGACAAAAAACCUUCAAUUAGCAGUAUUGAUACAGGAUGUAAGAAAACUGUGGAUCAGAAAAGCUCAGGAAAUCACACACCAACACAAGAUGAACGUCAAUGUAAUGAUGUAAAUAUCGAUGUGUCAUCAAUAAAGGAACAUGGAAGGAACACAGGAUCAGACCCUUAUGUCAGACAUGACUCACAACUUUCAAGAACGUGUUUAGAUCAAAAGCGUCAGACCAUUCAAGAUCAUGGUAGCACGAAGUCACGGGAAUUGUCAAACAGCGUCACCCCAGAGAGAAAGCCGUCUGAUCAUGGCUCGCCCCAUGUAGACGCGGUAAAGGUAGCUUCUUCAGAGACAAGGAAAAGGAGUGCUUCAUCAAAAGACAAUGAAACUGACCUCACUUAUAAGCUUGUUAGAAUUACACUUGACGAGCCAGAUGCGCCUAGUAUUUAUCAUGAAUUAAGGGGUAUUAGAAUCCCAUCGGGUGAGAAAAAGACUGUGAAAGAUCCAAGAAUACUACGUGCAAUGGGUCAUGUCAUAGAAACACCCGUCAUGGCUGGGUUUGGUCCAUUUUUACGUCGUAUAAAAGAGGAGCCUCCUGAAGAUGAGUCUUAUGGAGAAAAAUCAGAGAAAAGGACAAAGAACAUUCUUCCAGUUGAAUUCAUCAAAACGGAACCAGAGUACGAACAGACAGAAGAUGAUGUUGAAAAAGCAUUAAACGAGCUUAAUAAUGCUAUAAAAGCCAUUCAAAAUAAUUCGUCUGUAGACACGGAUGUUGUCAAAAUAAAGAAGGAGCCUGGGGAGACAGAGAAUUGUACAGAUGGAAAAACUCGUGCUGAAGCACAAUCAGGAAAACAAACUGAUAAAGAAAGAGAUAGAGAACGAGAGAGCAAUACGGAUGAUUUUCUUCCAAGGAACAUGGGAUUUUCUUCAUAUCUACCUGAAUAUAACGAUGAUUUUGAACGAACAGCCCGUGUAUUAACAGAAGUAUUUAGCGAGAAGGCAGCAUCGCCUACUAAAAAGGUACAUAUGAGCAUGUCUGAUUACUUUGGUAGCAGUAAUCCAAAUGUUUACCUUAAUUCAACGAACAAAGGUAACAUAGAAGGGAAGUUGUCUGAUAUCAACUCUAGUUGUGAACCAACUAGAUCUGUGCAAGUUCCCAAGGAAAACGCAGAAAAGAAGGAAAAUAACAGUGGUAAAGCAAAGGAGCUCAUAAAAACAAAGUCGUCUGCCAAAAUUCUAGAGUCCAACAAAAAAGAAAAACACAACGAAAAGAUAUCUACAACAUCUACAACAUACUCGAAAACAGUUAAACAGAAAAAGUAUGAUUCAAAACAUAGUAUUGCAUCUGAAAAACAAAAAACGAAAAAACCAGAAUUCGACAGCAACGAAAAAUUAAAUGUACAACGAAACAAAUCGAGAUCACUCAAAACGAGAAGUAGAUCUCGUUCACCUGCAUCUCAGCCGCGCAAAAGACCAAUAGAAAUCAAACGAAAACGAAGUCGAUCUAGAUCUUUAAGCAAAUCUGAUCGGGAUCGAGGUCGUACCAGAUCCAAAUCACCACAUCUUAAAAGGAACAAACAGGAGAAACAUUUCUCAAGAUCUCCCUCGUUAGAUAAAUCAAGUUUCAGGAGUAGACCAGAAUCGCACAACUCUAGAGAAAGGAGAAGGUCUAGAAGUGUUAGUCCGUUUUGUUCUAGAUCGAAUAGUUCUCAAGAUAGUGGAACGAAGAGCAGUUAUAAGAUGACCAGCAACACUAGCAAAGACAGCAAAUCCACUAGAAGGUCUCUAGCUGAAGAAAUAUUUGAGAGAGAGAAUUCACCCGGACGGUUGAAAUAUCUCGAAGAACGAAAGAAAAUUGACAUUUCAAGACGAUUUAUAACCAAAGCUAAACAUUACAAAGAAGAAAUUACAAAACUGUAUAAUGAUCAUACGGGAGGAAAUAUGUCUAAUCCCAUGGCGUUCAGCAAUAUGCAAAUGAGACCCGAAGACAAUCUAAACAUUUACAACAACCACAGAAGUUCAUAUGUUGACCUUACAAUGGAGACUGAAACUAGAUUUUCAGAGCGGAAACAGCCAACGACCAACGACGAAGCUGUUGUGAAUACAACCCUGUCGAAAGCCAUGACAAGCUUACUAAAGAAAAUAGUUUUCAGAGACAACAGUAACCAAGACGACAGCGCUGAGGGCAGAAUGGCAGAUAUGGUCAUCGAGCUGGUGAAAGAUCAGAUGAGCAAGGAAUUAAAAUCUGAAGUAAUGCCUACCAUAGCGUCUACUGCUGCCCAGCCAGUACAUCCAUUUGUGCCAUAUUUAAAGCAAGAACGGAGUGUGGAAUCUCUGUACACCUCAAAUCCUUGGCAUUCCACUAUGUCAGGCAGUGCUACAAAUGAAGUGUCCAGUGGUUUAGACUUCCCUGAUGACUUCCUUGAGCAGCACUAUCACGAUGAGAGAGCAGACAGUGGAACAAAUGUUUCUUUUUCUCCAAGGGCACCAUUCAUGCAGCGGGUACACUCUGGGUUCUCUCAACCAGACCAUCACAGCAAUACCCCUCACACAACAUUCAGAGGGAAAUUGUUAUCAUUAAAGACGACGAAGAAGACGAGGGGAUCGUCCUACAGGGGAAGACUGAGUUCGUCUCGUGGAAGUUUCCGGACAAGGGGGUUUAGAGGAAGCUACAGAUCAAGAAGCGGUGGACAUUCCAAUCAUCGAUCUUCAUCCUAUCAUCGCACUUUUAAGGAUAACAGCAGCUAUGACAAAAGAUGAACUGGUUGUGAAUAUUAUCAUUGGAUCAUCCUCAUAACUGUAUUAUUCCCUAAAAUCAGUGUGCUUAGUGGAUUGAACAGGAUACUUUUAAUUUCAUUUUUAUAUCACUGUAUUUGCAAGAGUAAUUUGAAUUUUUAAACAUCGUAUGAAUAAAAGCAAUUCAUGAUCAG